AUGGAGGGCGCUCUCACCAUGCCCCCUGACCGGGGGACUAUUAUCGGCAGAGCAGCCUGGAAAAUGCGAUAUGUGGUCGUCGGAGGCGCGAACCGAGAGCAGCCGCAAGCCGCGACCAUCAACCGGCUCCAAUCCAACCGCGCUUCGAACCCCGGGGAACUUGGGAAGGCAGCUUCGGAAGGCAUUUAUCUCUCCAUCUACAAAUCCAAGGAGGAUCCGGAAUCAUUGAUACAGCAGUACUCGAUCACUUCAAUCGCCGAGUGUCAAGUUCAGAUGCUGGCGCACCGCAAGCAAGGCCCGAUCCUCCCAACACUGGUCAUCAAUGUUCUGCCAGAUCCCGCCUUGGACAAGGCCAGGAAGCGGCGUUCGAGUAGGACCGCCGGUUUCACUGCGCCGAGAGAAACGGGCCCUACGACGCUGCUCUUCCGACCUGGGGAUGAACAGCACACGCUGCAAGAAUGGGCGCAGUACAUCCGGCAGCUCAUCCUACCCUUUGCCUAUGAUAGAGCACCGCUGAGCCCGGUAACGCCUGCCUCGCCCACCUUCAUCAACCCGUUCUCGCCUCGCCCCAGGGAGCCCAGCGACCCGCAGCAGAGGCCAGACAGUAGGAAUGGCUCCCGUUCGGUCUCCUUUCUGAAGAAUUCCUUCCAAUCGCAAGCUGGACGCGACCGUCCCGUGACAUUUUCGGAUUCCCCAAGCCUACGCUCAAAACGAAGCGAUAUCUCAUCACAAACUAGCUCGGUGAACCAGUCUCACAUGGGUUUCAAUAAUUACACCACCAUGGUCGGUCCUGCCGAUCUUCCGUCUCCAGCGACAACAAUCGGGGAAUAUCAGGGGGAGUUUAUCGAGGGUUGGACGUCUGCUCAGGGCAGAUCGUCAGCGCUCAGCUCGCCCAUCAGGGGCCGUGAGAGCGUCAGUUCGCAAGCGCCAACCGCCUUACCAACAAUACCGGAUUUCCACACGCCGCCUGGCCCGCGAGAAACGAUCCUUGAUCGGGCGUUCCAGAUGCGCCUCAUUCCCGGUUCCGAGCGGGAGGUCCCGGGAGAGGAGAAAAUGAGCUCUCUGGCUAGGUUCGACGCGCUGAUGCGAGAGAUGGACGAGAAGAGGAGACAACGCGAAGCUGAGGAGGCAAAGUCGAAGCCUGAGGCCGCCGCCGCGCCAUCCUUCGGAACAGAGGGUUCCGAGCCGAAGAGUGCCUUCGAUGACGAUGACGAUGACUCGGACUCGGACUCGGACGAUGACAGUGACAGUGACAGUGAUGAUAUGGUAGCGGAGGGAGACGUCGAAGAUUACUUUUCGGCACCAGCGACAUCUGCGCAGAGAGCUCUGGAUUUCAUCACUGGGAGAUAUGAACCCACCGGACGGUACCAGUUGUCGUCGCGUUCCAUGAGAUCCUCGUCGAGUUACAACUACGAGGCUUACAGGACACUAUCAGCUUGUGGGCCUUCCCAGCUACGGCCGCACACAGGCUAUUCCAAGAGCCGGAGCAGGCCCGGGAUGGCGCAGAGAACACACAGUCAGCCGCAUAUGGCAUCGAUACUGGCAUCGUCAUCAAUGCCUCUGGAGGGCGCUGCGUCGUUUCCAACCGGAGACUCCGAGGACGGGCCUGGGACAUUCAGUUUUACUCCAGGGUCGCCAUCGGCCGUCCACCGCAACUCCGGCUCAGCCGAAAAGCGGCAAUCGGCGUCAAGCGCCAAGCAUCUCAGCUUUACCGAGUUCACAAGACGGCUCAGCAGCACGAGUAGCUUGCUGAUAAUGCAGACGAAUGCCAGCGGGGCCAACAGCAGCCGCGCAAGCAAUAGCGACAUGGAUCUGCAACAGCCCCCGCAUUCGCCCCAGCAGUCUUUGCCUCAUUUGCAUCCCAGAAUCGGGCCGGCCUCGCCCCUUCACCAGUCCCUGCCGCAGUCUCCGCCGCCGGCGAGUGAGCGCGAGCGGUGCGGAUGGCGGGGCAGUGUCGGCGUGUUUGGGGGCGCCGAGGGCGGCUUCCUGUAA